GUAAGGAGUGUGUUAAUGGAUCUACAGAUAAGAAUAAGAGCAUAAGUGAUCAAAGCAAGUUUUUCGAUGAGAUGCUGGUUGAAAUUACGCUUGCUCAAUUGAAGGAGAUACUUUUUACUGCUGUGGAAAGCAUGUGCAAACAGCUGAUUAGUAAGGAUUACACGUUGAGCAAUGAAGAAGGUGAUAGAAUUUUUGGAGAGGCUAUGAAAGCAUUACCAUAUUUUGGAGGGAUGAUAAUAAACUAUCCUGAAAUCAAUGCGAGCAAUAGGGGGCGCAGAAGAAGAUUAAUAUGA